GAUAAUGGCGAUGACCGGUCCGAGAGCAUCCUUGCCGAGAACCACGUGGAUGGCACCACAGGGAUCCUGAGCGGAGCUGGUGGGAGGAAGCCCAUGAAGACGGGCAUGAAGGAGCUGGCAGUUAUGAGGGAGAAGGUGAACGAGCAGCAGCGGCAGAUGGGCAAAGUCGGCAAACCCCAUCACAACCACGAGGACUCAAAGAAGUCACGGCUGUCGACGGGCAGGACCCCUUGUCAGCAGGAGCUGGAUCAGGUCCUGGAACGCAUCUCCACUAUGCGGCUGCCGGAUGAGCGAGGUCCCCUGGAGCACCUCUACUCCCUCCACAUCCCCAAUUGCGACAAGCAUGGCUUGUACAAUCUCAAACAGUGCAAGAUGUCGGUGAACGGGCAGCGUGGCGAGUGCUGGUGCGUGGACCCCAUCCACGGGAAGGUGAUCCAGGGCGCACCCACCAUCCGCGGGGACCCCGAGUGCCACCUCUUCUACACAGCCCAUGAGCAGGAGGACCGGGGAGCACAUGCCCUGCGGAGCCAGUAGACGGACGUGAUCCUGCUUGCUGGAGGUGGCUCGCUGUGGCCCCAGUGCUGGAUUUUACAUGGGUUUCAGCGUGUCUCUUUAGGCUCUGGAAGAGACUGGGGUUGGGUCCUGUGUGCUGCCCUCCUUCCCCUGCUGCCCGGCUCCUGGGAAGGGGAGGGAUAACGGGAGGGGAAGGGCGGUGGGGGGGUUGCAAGGAGAAGGGACUGCUUUCCUAUAGUCUUUCACCCAACGUAAGCCAGAGAACCGGUCUUUUUUGCUCCUCGCCCCGCAGCCCUGCCCUCCCUGCUGCUUCGCGG